GGCGUCGUCAGCUGUCAUUUAAAAAUUGACAUUUAUGUAAAUAAUUAUCAAUAAACCCGAAAUAAAUGUAAAACCGGGUCAAAAUUGAGUCAUGUCGGGUUACAAACGCGUCAAUUUCUACGAAUUGUGUAGACUAUGCGCGACAAACCAACAAAAAGACAAAACUCACAUAUUUCAAGAAGAGGGUCGUAAAAUCCAAUUACAAAACAAAAUCCAAAGUUGUCUAUCCUUAACCGUCUGCGAGAAUGACUUUUUACCGAAAGUUGUGUGUUCAAAAUGUCUUCGAACAUUGGAAGUUUGCUACUCGUUUCGUCAAGAAUGCGUCAGUUCCGAGAGCAUGCUUUCUAGUUAUUUCAAAAAUUUCAGGUAUACGGAGGAUUUUAAAAAGUCGGGCAAGGUGUACAUCAAAGAUACAGCGACGAAAUGUACAGCGCCCCCACAACCUGAACCGACGACCUCAACGGCAGUUAACACUUUUACUGAAGUGAAACCAGUCGAGCAUGUGCCCUUUUACACCCUUCAAUUACCAGCAAUUGUCACAAAUCAACCCAUUGAUAAUAAAGUCGUCAAAGCGGAAAAAAUUGCCCAAAAUCCGGUUCAGGGACAAGUCGGUUAUAACCUCAACACCAUCAGUUUGGGGGCUAUCAAGACAGUACCGAAAAAUGAAGGUUUGAGUAACGUAGUAGUGAACGCGAAUGGAGAGGUUUUGAAUAUAGCACAAUUGGUUGAUUUUGAGUCGUUGAUAAAUCAAGCCAACUUGCAGAAAAAAAACUGUAUUAAAGCCGGGAAAAAGGAAAAAGAGGAACCGAUUAUCAAAAUUGAUCUCACAAAUAACGAAGUUGAAAGUAAUUAUGACACUGGACAAAAAUACGAUAAACAACAAAUAAAAAACAACCAAAAUAAAUUCGCUUAUGCAAUCAAAGUCGAGGAUAAGUUGAAUCCUUCAGUCAUUUUCAACAAUUUGCCUGAAUUCAAUCAAAACACUUUUAACGGUUAUAGUAAUAAUUUGUAUACACCUAGUCUAAGUAAUAACAUAGUGACUACACCUAACGUCAUUUGUAAUUCAGCACUAGAGCCAUCUACUGUUAAUUUAAACGUAUUAAGCCAGGACUUGAAUCAGUCACAGAACUACCCGCGUAACAAUUUUCCGGUUACGAACAACCAGCCAUCAAAAGUGAUAACACCCGAGGAAAUCCCCCAAUCGACUCAGGUAAACAACCAAAUAAUCAAAUCGCACGUUUGUGAGAUUUGUCAGAAGAGUUUCAAACGGCGCGAACAUCUCUACCAACACGUCAAACUUCACACCGGUUUUCGGCCCUACACUUGCGAGAAUUGCAAUAAGAGUUUUAUGCGAAAGGAGCAUCUUUUGAGACACAUGACGUCGCAUAGUGGUCAGAAAAACUUCACUUGUAAUAUAUGCGAUAAGAGUUUUUCGCGUAAUGAUAAUUUGUUGAAACAUAAGAAAACGCAUGAUAAACAAGCGAGUUACACGUGCGAUAUUUGUCAGAAACAGUUCGUGAUGAAGCAUUAUUAUCUGGCGCAUAAAUUGACGCAUGAUAGUGAUAGGUGUAGUUUGGCGAAUGUUUGGAAUGUGUUAAAGACGUAGGACGUGUUUGCGAGCUUUAAUUAUUGUAUAAUCUCAUGGUACAAACUUAGUAUUUUAUUUAUUUAUUUUAUUUAUUAGAUGCGUAACGACCAAUGACAUUACAGAAGCUAGUCCUUUUAUUAUUUAUUCGUAUCGUAAGGUUCUCUUUUUGUAAAUAUGAUGUGUUUGAGUUUAAUAAAUUAGACUGAAAAA